UAAAAUCUUAAAACGGCGAGUGUAAGAAUGAGAAUGGCGAUAUCUUGUUCUUUUUCUUCAACAACAACAUCGUGUUGGUGUUGGUGUUUUUCCCCAACACCGCUUCUUCCCUUCAAACGGCACCGUAUUGUUAGCCUGAAACCCUAUACUCGGUCUGAGCACAGGCUCGCCGCCGCCACCAGAGAGUCUACUCCGUUACUCUACUCCGGCAGGCAAGGGUUCGAUACCGUCAACAUUGCCGAAGAUGUUACCCAGUUGAUUGGAAAUACGCCAAUGGUGUACCUCAACAAAGUUACUGAAGGUUGUGUUGCUAACGUUGCUGCCAAACUUGAGUCUAUGCAACCUUGCCGAAGCGUCAAGGACAGAAUUGGGUAUAGUAUGUUAUCUGAUGCUGAAGAGAUUGGAGCAAUUUCUCCAGGGAAGACCAUUUUGGUUGAACCAACGACUGGAAACACAGGACUUGGCAUUGCUUUUGUUGCAGCAACGAAGGGGUACAAACUUAUAGUCACAAUGCCUGCUUCCGUUAAUGUUGAGAGGAGAAUCCUUUUACGUGCUUUUGGUGCAGAAGUUGUUUUGACUGAUGCUGAGAAGGGGCUAAAAGGGGCAGUUGACAAAGCUGAAGAAAUUGUUCGCACCACACCCAAUGCUUACAUGUUUAGACAGUUUGAUAACAUGACUAACACAAAGAUCCACUUCGAAACUACAGGGCCAGAGAUAUGGGAGGAUACCAUGGGCAAUGUUGAUGUAUUGGUUGCUGGGAUUGGAACUGGUGGCACUGUUACCGGCACUGGGCGUUAUCUGAAAAUGAUGAAUAAAAAUAUAAAGGUGGUUGGAGUGGAACCUGCAGACAGAAGUGUGGUUUCGGGUGACAGUCCUGGUUUCAUGCCAAGCAUUUUGGAUAUCAAUCUGCUUGAUGAGGUUAUCAAGGUUACAAAUGUUGAGGCCGUCGAAAUGGCAAGGAGAUUAGCAUUGGAAGAAGGUUUGUUGGUUGGGAUUUCUUCAGGAGCUGCAGCAGCAGCUGCCAUAAGUUUAGCAAGACGGCCUGAGAAUUCUGGAAAACUUAUUGUGGUUAUUUUUCCGAGUUUUGGUGAGAGAUAUAUUUCUACUGCUCUCUUCCAUUCUAUCUAUGAAGAGGUUCAGAAAAUGUAAAAUUAAGAUUCUACCUUCAUGAGGACAAUUUCCUAUUGGAGAGUGAAGCUGCUAUCAUGGCACUACCAUUCAAAGAAGUAGCUUCCUUAUGCUAUGUAUAGGUAUAUCCUUACACGGUUCUUGGAUAGAAUCAAUCUUAAAAGAUAAACUGGUCUUCUGUAUAUUUUUAAAUUUUUUGAUGUCAUGCAUCAGAUGCAUCAUUUGGACAAGGCACAGUUCUUGAAGCUGUCACACAGGAAGCAGAAAAGGGGGAUUGAAACGAUGUAAAAAAAAUUUUAAAUGUAGUGGUAAUCUAACAUGAUCUAUUCUUUUCAUUAUUCCUACUUUCCCUAGGCAUCAAUGAUGAGUAGUAUUCCAAUGUUUUACAGGAUUAUUAACAUUCUUUCCCCUAUUUACUAUUAUCAAACUAUGUGUCAUUAUCAUAUAUAUACAUGUAAUGUAUAUAUAGAUACAUGUGGAAGCAGCAAGGACUAACAUGGUUGAGAUUGUUUAUUA